AACAAUAACGAUAAAUAACAAUCAACAGAACGAAUGGAGAACUUAUUUUUAGCAGGUGAUUGCGGUGGAACUAAAGCCAGAGUAGUUAUAGGUAAUCACGAUAAGAUCCUCGCUCGAGGUGAAGGUGGACCUUGUAAUUUACAAACCGUUGGGCAUUCUCAAGCUAUUAAUGUGAUUUUAGAAGCUACAUUCCAAGCUAUAUCAAGGUUGCCUAAAGAAUACCAAAGAUUUGAAUACAGGGAUGGUCAAUUUUCGAAGCAGCCAUUUAAAGCUAUAUGGUUAGCUUUAGCGGGUGUUAAUCAAGCAAGCGAUGCUGAACGUUUCAGACCGUUAGUUGCUCGCGUUUUCGCUAUGAUUGGAUUGGAGAAUCAAGUUAAAAUAACAAAUGAUACAGAUUUAUUAGCUUCACCUGCACUCAAGCAUGACGACACAAACGCCGCGAUCGCUUUGAUAGCAGGAACGGGAACAAAUGGAAUGGCGUUUAGAAAGACGGAAAACAAAGAUCUCGAGAGAGUUGGAAUAAGCAGAGGAUGGGGAUAUCUUCUUUGCGAUGAAGGUAGUGCCUUCUGGGUUGGUAGACUUGCCAUUAGAUCACUCCUCGCAUACGAGGAUUUUAGAGGGAAUAGCAAGCUUUAUAGUACUUCUACUGCUAUUACACAUUUGCAAUUACACAAAGAUCUCAUGAAGCAGCUUAAAGUGGAUUCCCCUGCUGACCUCAUUAACAAAACAUACGUUGAUCACUCAAGUGGUGAAUCCUCAUUCACUGUAAGUGAAUCAAACAGGAAGGUUUGGAUUGCGGAAGCAUCAAGAAUUGUAUGCAAUUAUGCCUUCGCACAGGAUAUUUCCAAGAACAUCAUUGACGAUAUCAUAAAUGACGCUUUGAUAGGCAUACCUGGUGAUCCAACAAGUGGCACAAUGAAUCAGACUACACAUGACGAUGGCAGUCAAGUUGAGGCACUUAGAAUAGCUGCACAAGCAGUCUGUCCACUUGUUCACAUCGUAGUCCGCCUUUUGGGUGACAGAACAAAGCUCAAACCGGAGACCACAACUCUUACAGUAGGUGGUGGCGUCAUCUCUAACAAUGGAUAUCGUGAACUGCUCCUCAGAGCACUUGAUACACAUUUCGGAAUUAGAUUCAAGCACGUACAAGUCGUAUCAGAUGCUGAAGGUGAAGGUGUCCAGGCAUUAGCUGCACAAUACAAACCCAGUGCUAGAGUCACAAAAAUUACGAUUCAAACACCACCACAAUCACCCAGCAAGAGAAACUCAUUGAAUACUCAAAUAUCUCCUACAUCACCAGCACUAAGUUUCGCAGCUACGACUAGAGCUUAAUGUAUUUUUAGUUUGAGCCACUUUCGUAUUAUAUUAUAUUAUAUCUUCUAGUUAAUGAAUAUUCUUUCUUUAUUUCAAAUAAUAUAAUCAAUCUAAUUAAUCUUCAGUGAUAUCUCCAUAUUCGAAUGCACCAGCUCUGUUAUCUUUGGCAGAUUGUAAUGCGUCUUGAAGGGUAGCUUGCAUCCCUGGGUACUUGUUUGAAUAUCUUGAUGUUUUCUUAUCGAUUAAUGCCAAACCAUCUGCAACCAAAUCCGCGUUAAUGCAAUAUUCCGCAGAAAUUGCUGAAUCAGGAUCUGAUGGGUCAAGUAAACGUAAGUGUAGUGUUCCAUUUGGUUCCUUUGCGUCAAUCUUUGCAACAAGGUUACGUCCCAAACAGAGUUCCUUAAAUCUAUCAAGAGACUCUUGACCAUACUCGUGAUCAAUUGGAAGAAGGUUGACAAAACUGAGUUUGGCAGGU